AUGGCUGAGCUAGAAAAAUCCACCAUGAAGACUGAGAAAAUAGCCUCCAAAAUUGAGAUAAUCAGUAUCCCAGAAGAAAACAACCAACCAAGUGGGGAUUACUCUGGAAAUACAGGGUUGCUUCGAUACUUGAAACUCAAGAAUUCCAGGUCUCUAGCAGAUAAGGGGGAAGGUGAAGAUGGAGGAGGAGCUGGCAUAGCAUCUGACGGCCAAGAUGAAAGAGCCAUAAAACCUUCAGAAACAAGUUCUGCGUCAUCCAUACCACUAUUUGUAAAUAGAUUGGACUCUGUGGAAUCUGUGCUGCCUUAUGAAUAUAAUACCUUUGACUUCUGCCAAGACCCUAGAAAGAAAAGGCCUUCUGAAAAUCUUGGACAAAUACUGUUUGGAGAACGAAUAACAUCAUCUCCUUAUAAGCCUGAACUCUACAAAAAGAAUACCUUCUACCUCUUCAACCAUGUUGACAUUACUAUUACAUACCACAGGGAGGAUGAUACAGAUCAGAAUAUUGCAAAAUUAGUUACUGCUAGACUUGACCCCAAAAGCUAUAAGCAUUCAGAUGAAAACCACCUAACUUGUGAUGGACCCCCUAUGGAAAUUCCUAAAGAAUACACAGAUAAGUUGAAUGUGACCUACACUUACUCUGUAAAAUUUGAAGAAAACAAGUAUGUCAAAUGGGCUUCUAGAUGGGAUUAUAUUUUGGAGUCUAUGCCCCAUAUCAACGUUCAGUGGUUUAGUAUUAUGAACUCCUUCAUUAUUGUUCUUUUCCUAUCUGGAAUGGUAGCUAUGACAGUAUCAAAGACUCUCCAUGAAGAUAUUAUCAAAUACAACCAGAUACCUUCUUCUAGAGAUGCCCAGGAAGAGUUUGGUUGGAAGUUGGUUCAUGGAGACGUAUUCAGGCCUCCCCAAAAUGAAAUGCUACUGUCGGUUUUCCUGGGGCAAGGAACACAAGUUUUGAUUAUGACAUUUAUUACUUUAUUCAUGGCCUGCCUUGGUUUUCUUUCCCCUGCCAAUCGAGGUGCUUUAAUGACGUGUGCAGUUGUGUCGUGGAUCCUUCUGGGAAUUCAUGUGUCUGCUAAAAUGUAUAAAACAUUUAAAGGUAUUGCAUGGAAGGAGAAUUCGUUGCUGACAGCACUAUUAUGUCCCGGAAUUGUGUUUGCUGACCUCUUCACUAUGAAUCUAAUUCUUCGGGUGGAAGGAUCAUCGGCCGCCAUCUCCUUUGGUACUUUGAUAGGUAUACUUGCAAUGUGGUUUGGAAUUUCAGUACCAUUAACAUUUCUUGGUGCAUACUUUGGAAGCAAGAAAAAGUUUAAGUGUCCAGUUCGCACAAAUCAGAUUCCGCGUCGGAUUCCUCAACAGAGCUUCUUUACAAAACCACUUUUUGGCAUCAUGAUCGGUGGUAUUUUACCCUUUGGCUGUAUUUUUGUUCAACUCUUUUUCAUUCUAAACAGUAUUUGGUCUCAUCAGCUGUACUAUAUGUUUGGCUUACUUUUUUUGGUCUUUAUCAUUUUCCUGAUAACCUGUUCAGAAGCUACAGUUUUGCUGUGCUAUUUUCAUUUAUGCGUUGAGGAUUAUCAUUGGUGGUGGAGAGCUUUUUUUACCGGUGGUUUUACAGCUGUUUAUCUUUUUCUGUAUGCAGUUCAUUAUUUCUUUACCAAACUUCAAAUCACAGGCAUUGCAAGUACCAUUUUGUACUUCGGGUACAUGAUGAUCGUGGUGUUGCUUUUCUUCCUUUUCACAGAUGGACUUAUCUGCAGCCACCACACAGUGCCCACUGCCACCUCCGCAGAGCUUCAGCUCUCUUUGACCAUCAUCAUUAUUCUCUCAUCGUCUCGGCAUAUUUUGGAGGAACUUUUAACAUAA